CUGAAACCCUUUUUUGAUAUCUCUUUCAUUGGAACAUUUUUAAAUAUACAGGGCGUAAAUCGAACUGCUCAUUGCAUUGAAAAAUAUCCAACAGACCACCAGGCCCCCACUAAUUAUUCUGUCGAUGAAGCGGAGUGCACCAAGGUCUCUACUCGUCCUAAGCAUAACCUGAUUCAACAAGAAAAGUUGGACAUUGGCCAGCCAGAAAGCGACUUAUUGUCAGCUGGAGUGGGUCAACUCGAGAUUUCUGAGCCACUAUCAGAAGACCAAUUACAUCAUUCACUGGAACCGACAUUCACCAAAAUAACUACAGUGCCCCCGGCAUUUCAACGUCUUGAACAGCAGCAAACAUCGAUACCUUCUAUUGUUGGACGUCUUUACAGCGGUCCCCUCCGACCGAGUAUGGAUCUUUUUUCUGCUGGCUGUGUCCUGUUAGAGUUAUUUACGGAUGGUACGACUGCGUUUAGUCUCUCGGAUCUGCUAGCUUUCCGGAGGAAUGACAAUACGCGGAUUCAGAAGCUUCUUGACCAAGUCCCAGAUGAUCAUAUGAAGGUAGGAAAUGCUGAUGAACUUUAG